AUGGCUGUCGCUGCCAAUUCACCUUCCUCCAGCAGGCGAAACUCCAACACCCAGCUGCUGGAAGAGCUGGAAGCACUCAGCCAAUCCCUCUACCAGACCCACACUGCUUCCAGCGCCAGGAGAACCAACUCCCUCGCCCUCCCCAGAACCUCACUCCCUUCCAUCCUCUCCACUGACGAAAUCAUCAAACCCUCCUCCGACGCCGCAGUCGCAAACAGCAGAUCCGCCUCCCGCCCCCGCACCAGGCGCAUGUCCUUGUCCCCCUAG